AUGAACAAAUCAAGUAUGGAUACAGAAGCUAGUAUGGAACAUCAAACUUAUUUCGACAAAAAUAGUUCAAACACAACAGAAAAAUUUAAGUUGCAAUCUUUACAUAUCAAUCAAAAUGUUCAGGAUCUAAAUUCUGACCAAAAAGCCUUUAAGAUAUUUCUCAGUUUUAUUCAAGGGAUUGAUAACUACUCCAUGGCUUUGGAAUUAUGGGAAUCCUUGCCAGAAUCAUCAAAGAUGCUUUUUACAAAUAACUCAACCACCUACCAAUCAACUUCAAAAAGCAAUCGAAUUAUUAUUCACUCCUUUGGACAGCAUAACAAGACAAAGCUGCCAACAUUAUGCUCUAGACCAACUAUUAAAAAAACAAGAAAUACUGCUAGUAUAUCGAGGAAAAAGAAAACAAAGCAUAUCAACAGUAUAAUUGAAGAACUUACUAAUGACAAUAACAAUCUACUUGAAAGUAAGCUUCAUUCUUCAUCCAGAAUACCCAAAUGUAAUGGAACAAAUUUUCAAUACAUACAUCAAAUAGACCAUGAAAAUGACAUGGAGCUUUUAGCUGAACAAUUCAACAGACUACAAACAAGACUGGAAACGGUAGAAAAUUUAUUAAUUGAACCUCCACCAAAGUAUAAAGCUGAAGAUACCCUGGCCAGAAAAGCUUUGGCUAAAAACGCUAAUCAUAAAUCAAUAUUCAAUAUAUUCUCAAGGAAACCUUUUAAAAUUGGAAAGUUCUUUAAAGAUGACCACAAGAGAUAA